UAGAGAGGGUAGGGCUGGAGAGCGCAGGAUGCUCUUUAAUGUGCGCGCAUGUAGACCACUUGAUGUGCACACUAGAUUCCUCUCGUUCUCUCUCGUGAUGAACUGCAGCUUACCACCCAGCCACCAGCGUGAUUUCCUACCGCAGUUGCAAUCGACUUUCCCCCGACUUUGCACCCCGGUCAAGUUUCUUGAGUUGUAGUGUGGACUCUUCAUUAAUACCCUGGCCUUGUUAACUCCGGGGUGGUCCGAGAGGGACCGUGAAAGCGUCCGCGGGACCAGGCUGCGCGAGCCGUGGAACUGCCCCGAGCCCCGCGCGCUCAUGGAGGGAGACAUCAUGGACAAACUGGACGACAUGGCUUCGGUCUACGAGUUCGACCCGUUAACGGGAAACAUCCCCGCCACCAAAGUGGAGAUCACAGUUUCGUGCAGGAGUCUGUUAGACAGAGACACGUUCUCCAAAUCUGAUCCAAUGUGUGUCAUGUACACUCAAGGAGUGGAGACCAAGCAGUGGAGAGAGUUCGGGAGAACGGAGGUGAUUGACAACACGCUAAAUCCAGACUUUGUCAGGAAGUACAUCUUGGACUACUUCUUUGAGGAAAAGCAGAACAUGCGCUUUGAUUUGUAUGAUGUUGAUUCUAAAAGUCCUGACCUCUCCAAACAUAAGUCCUUUGAACUAAACGACUUUCUCGGUCAGAUGUUCUGCACGCUGGGCGAGAUUGUGGGCUCACCAGCCAGUCGACUAGAGAAACCUCUUGGGGGAAUAGCAGGGAAGAACUGCGGUACUAUCAUCUUAACUGCUGAGGAACUUGGGAACUGCAGGGACAGUGCGACAAUGCAGUUUUGUGCCAACAAACUGGAUAAAAAGGACUUUUUCGGGAAAUCCGAUCCAUUCAUGGUCUUCUACAGGAGUAAUGAAGACGGCACGUUUACAAUCUGCCAUAAGACAGAAGUGGUGAAGAACACAUUAAACCCUGUUUGGCAGUCAUUUACCAUCCCAGUCAGAGCUCUCUGCAACGGCGACUUUGACAGAACAAUCAAAGUGGAAGUGUACGAUUGGGACCGUGAUGGCAGCCACGAUUUCAUCGGUGAAUUCACCACCAGCUACAGAGAACUAGCCCGAGGUCAGAGCCAGUUCAACAUAUACGAGGUGGUGAAUCCGAAGAAGAAGAUGAAAAAGAAGAAAUACGUCAAUUCAGGCACGGUGACACUGCUCUCGUUUUCCGUGGAAUCUGAGUCGACUUUCCUCGAUUACAUCAAAGGAGGGACCCAGAUCAAUUUCACUGUGGCCAUUGAUUUCACCGCUUCUAAUGGUAACCCAUCCCAGUCCACAUCUCUCCAUUACAUGAACCCCUACCAGAUGAACGCCUACGCUCUGGCGCUGAAGGCUGUGGGCGAAAUCAUCCAGGACUAUGACAGUGACAAGAUGUUUCCAGCACUGGGCUUCGGAGCCAAACUGCCCCCUGAUGGACGGGUGUCUCAUGAAUUUCCUCUAAACGGCAAUAUUGAAAAUCCCUACUGUAACGGCAUCGAGGGGAUAUUGGAGGCAUACCACCAGAGUUUAAAGACCGUCCAGCUCUACGGACCCACCAACUUUGCCCCUGUUGUAAAUCAUGUGGCCAGGUACGCAGCUGCCGUCCAGGAUGGCUCCCAGUACUUCAUCCUCCUCAUCAUCACAGAUGGUGUCAUAUCAGACAUGUCACAGACCAAAGAGGCCAUUGUUAAUGCUGCCAAGCUGCCCAUGUCCAUCAUUAUCGUCGGAGUCGGCCAGGCUGAAUUUGAUGCUAUGGUUGAACUGGAUGGUGAUGACAUAAGAAUCUCUUCACGAGGGAAACUUGCAGAGCGAGACAUUGUCCAGUUUGUGCCGUUUCGGGAUUACAUGGACCGGACGGGUAACCACGUGUUGAGUAUGGCCCGUCUGGCCAAAGACGUUUUGGCUGAGAUUCCUGACCAGUUCAUUUCCUACAUGAAGAGCCGGGGAAUCAAACCCAAUCCAGCACCGCCCCCUUACACACCCCCAGGACACACGCAUCACACACAGAUCUGAGCACACCCUGGGCUUUGAAAGCUAGUCUGAGACAGCAGCCCUCUUCUCCCUGGAAUUAUGGGGUAGCUAUACAGGACCUUUGGAGCUUUAGCUCCCGAGGUUACCGUGUGUUCGAACUCUCCAAGACACUCUGAUGUACAGUGGUGUUUCUUUUUGUGUUUUUUUUUAUAUAUAUAUAUUUCUGCCCGUUUUCCUUGGAUAGGACAGUGUGAUCCAAGAAUGUGACCCAAGGGCAGCUUUUUGUUUUGUUUUGUUCGGAAAAUAUAAUAUAUAAAUAUCUUGGCCUGUGACUGUUUCUUAUUUCGUGGAUGGAUCGACGAGGGGACAAGAGCCUGGAGGAGAUAGUAAAGAGGAGAUGUUUAUGGUUUCAACUUGUGCCUGUCUGUGACUUUGUCAGUGUACUGGACACAUGUGCCCUAUUCUGACAUUUGACCUUAUUUUAUAUCAGUAUACUAGAGUGUGUGUGUGUGUUACAGUGAUGUUUGUAGAUCUGUAACACUUUAUUUCAAGUGUGAAUUGCUUUAAUUAUGUUAAGCAUUGCUUGUGAAAAAAACAGUUUUUCAAUUCCAUUAUGGUUUAUGAAAGCAUGGGUGAGUGUUUAGAGAAUGAUGAGUGCAGAUUUUUUCCGGCAGUUCCACACAGGACACAGUUACAGAAAGCAUGUUUUUGGCCUUCAAUGCAUCAAAAAUCAGCAUGCCGAAUAUGAUCGCCAAACCAACCUGCCUGAUUUCUGAUUUUACUACUCAUGAUGUUCACACGCAUAUAUAUCUGUGGAAAUGCAGAAGAGUCGUUCUGCAUCAGUCGAACCUAAAUAAGUCUCUCUCUCUCUCUCGGGCAGGAAUGGAGUGUGCUCAGAGCGCUGUCACGCACUCAGUUCAUUCACCAAUUCAAUUUUGUCAAGAGGCUUUUAAUCAAAUUAGAGUGUCUGAUGUAUCUGCACACUGCCAGUACAGGGCUGAAUGGAGGAGCUCUUGUAAUGGAGCACAUUACUGUCCUGUCCGAGUAUAAUAACCAUCAGCAUUUAUCCCUGUGAUUGUGUAUGGGGCAUUAAUUACCUACCCAGGCCACUAAAAGGUGAGAUGUGCUGCUGCCAACCCAUGAGGCUUUGUGAUACAUAAAGCGUUCGCUCACAUGAAGAAUGAAAAGCAUUAUGCUCCUUUAGCUCAUAACAUAACAAUGCAUUGAAAUUGUUGCAUUUAUCAGCCAAAAUCCAAAUGUUAUUUUGUUUUUAGAUUUCCUCUUUUUCUUCUGAUUGUUUCUUCAGAUUGCAUUUUUUAUAAUAAUGUGUUUUUUUACAUACAAUGUUUUUAAUUCUACUGUUUGUGUGCUUGAAGAGUUUAUUUGCAGAAAAAGAUAACUCGGUUUAAAUUUUUUUCAAAAAUC